UGCGAAGUUUAACAUAGCACUUAUUAUACCUUGACAAAUAUUCCAUGUAAAUCACUACCUUACAAUCCAAUUCAAUAAAUUAGCAUUUCAGAUUUAAUUUCAAAUGUAAACAAGGAGAUAUUUAAUGCUACCUAAUAUGUCAUUAUUCUGCAGUAUAAGCUAUUUUUAUAAACACUUUUUGUUUCGACCGUAAUUUUUGACUUGAAAAAGAAAUGUUUCUUUGCGUGAUCACGACAUUCUGUUCAAUCUAUUUAAAUUAUUGAAACCUAUAACUCCAAUCCGCUUUCACUUCGCUUCAGCGCAAUUUAAGAGAGCUGACAUCAAAGCGAUGAUGACGUUGAGAUCUGGGCCAGGUUUGGAGAAUAUAAAUAGGUUCACGGACAGGUGAAGGUUAUAAGGAAAAAUUCAAGGCAGCAGUACAGUUCUUACUGACUAUAUAGUCACCAAUCGCAUUUUUAACAUUGAAAAGGCUUUAAGUUACCUUGCAAGAAAUACAAUAAUUUUGUUGGCCGAACAUCUUAAUGAUGAAUUACAUAGUCGUUCUUUCAGUGAUGCUCUUGGCUGCAUCACAUCACAUCACAAGUCAUCCGCAUCGCAGACCGAAAAGCGAACAUCGCAGCCCCCCUCUGGAUAACCCCAGCACUAUCCAGCGCAUAUCGGAGAUCGCGAAAACCGCGCAACAGAUGGAUGAUGACCAUGAAACACGACUGAUUCAGUCCGAAAAGAAUUACCGAAAUGAAACGGAUUUGUUCGUUUGCUGCCUGCACGCCAACAUACUCGACUUCUACCUUGGGCACGUGCUCAACACAGAGGAUAAAUUCCCGGACUUGGCCACCGUGAAAACCGACUUGGACAGGAUCAGCAGGGACCUGACAGCAAAAGGCUGUUCAAUUAAGCAUGUGAAUGACCAUGGGCACAGCCAUAGAUUCAAGGAGAGUUUCCACAAGAUGGGGAAGAGGGCGCAGAAGAAAGCGAUGGGGGAAAUUGAUAUUCUUUUCGACUUCCUAGCCAAGUUCUGCUGAGAAGACACGAACAGUAUCUCACCAAUUGAUUAGUCACCCAGGAUUCUUUUGUUGUACGUUCAGCUCAGUUGGUUGCAAUAAUUGAUUACGUAUUUAUGGCUUUUUAUAUGCUAUUAAUUUAUUGAUUUAUUGUUGACGCAUGUAUUUAUCUGUCACUCCAUAUAUAUAUAUAUAUAUAUAUAUAUAUAUAUAUAUAUAUAUAUAUAUAUAUAUAUAUAUAUAUAUAUAUAUGUUUUAGCCUAGGCGAGAUGCAUAUAAUGUAUAUAAUGUACGAGUAUAAUGGAAAUAUAAGAAAGGUAUGUUACCUUUAUUGUAUAAGGUACACAGUUUGUAACCACAAUUGUGGUAAUUGAAUAUUUAAUAUAUUUAAAUUAUAUAUUAGUGCAAACCUGCGAGUGUUUUUUUAUAAUUUCUAUAGAAAGGCCUAUCCGUGGAUAUGAACAGCGAUAACGUUAUACCAAGUAAUAUGAUUAAAAGUUAUGCAUUUUGAAUAAGCUCGGGCUAUGACGUAUGUGCAUGCCUGUACUGUAUUUGUAUUCCGUUUCAACGGCUCAAUAUAAUUUUCUUAAUAAAGCUUAAAAAUUGCCACACAA